UCCUGGAAGUGAGCAUACAGACACGCCUUUGUCCCUCAGAGGCCAGUUACCGAGGCCAGGCUAUUGUUGCCACGUAUGGCUUGCAGAGCUGUGAGCUGGACGAGAACGUGGCUGCAGGAAUGCUCUUUUCACUCUGGAGAGAGCCAGAUACGCGAUUCUCCGCGUUUUGCAUGCAAGUGUGAUGUGUAUAGUCAUUCUCUGGACCAGGCUUGUGUAGCUGUAGACUUUGGAUUGUGUGGAGGAUGUGGUUGCUGUUGUGGCUACAUAGCGAGACUACCCCUAUUUAUUUGCGUAGCUAGCGUUCUCAGGAUAUUACUACAGGAGCAAAUGUAAACACACGUGCUUGUGGCGUUUUGUCAAGAUUUGAUAGUAUAGGCCUGCUGAGGCUCUUUCAUGGGGGUGUAUACCCUUCUAUAUCUUUUGGUAGGUGCAAAAUCCUCGAAUAUCUUUUCGUGCCUCAAAUAAGGCUGGCAGUA